UCUUCAAGGCAUUGUAAUAGUUGAAAAAACUCAAAUGAGUGAACAGUACUUCUUGGCCAUGCAGAAGUUUACUGUUCUGGACCUGGGAAUGGUGUUACUUCCAGUAGCCAGCCAGAUGGAAGCAUCCUGCCUCAUUAUCCAACUAGUUCAAGAACAAGUCAAAGAACCCAGUAGUAACCCUUUCCUUAGGAAUAAGCAGGCUCAGAUAUCCGAGCCAUCCCUCCUCAGAAUUGUGCAACAGAUCUCAGGAGUUGGAAAAGUCAAAGCUCCUCUGCUGCUUCAGAAGUUCCCAAGUAUCCAGCAGCUGAGCAAUGCUUCUGUCUGAGACCUGGAGCCGGUAGUUGGACAGGCAGCAGCACAACAGAUCCACACCUUCUUCACACAGCCCAGGUGACAGCUC